ACUUCAUCUUCAUAUCCACGACCUCACAGUGAACUCUUCGCAAAUUCUUAUUCUUAAUAAUCAUGUAGAUCAAGGGAAGCUUCUAUAUUACACUUCAACGAACACCGAGUAUGAAUCUCUGGAAGAGGCAUGUCACAACUUCUUCACUUCGUACUCAGCACGCCACUCCUACCUGAAUCAAAGAGUGUUGACAAGUCAAGCCAAGCGUCUGAUAUGGCCCACAACUCUGCUCGAUUUCGAACGGAAUUUGGACUAGUUUAAGGGUGUCAGAACGGAAAGAUGAGAGAUUCUUCUGCUGUUCGGAGUCCCAAGACUCUAUGCUCCCACCAUUCACCGCGGGUGGUUAGAGCCUAGCGUAAGGUGACAAGACCGCGCAAUGAACUUUCCUGGCACGUUGAAACUGACCAGCAAAGCACAUGGCUAUGUGCCAUCUCCUCUCCAGCCAAGUUCGGACGUGAGGGAAAAGCACGCUUGAUCUCUUCGACUGGCCCAGCAGAAGUCAAGCCGCAGAAGGCGACUCUUUGGCCCUGAGCUGCCAAAAUCCCAUGAGCUCAACCAGAGUCUACAAAUCUCCUCGACCAUCUUUGGGCGCUAUUGAGAUGAGGCCAAACAUCAUCAUCACAAGCCCUUCCCAUCACCUGGGACUUGAAUAUUCCAGUGUCUCUAAACUUUCUUAACAAUCACCGCGCCUCCAGAUGAGGCAUUUCUUGCACACUCUACUACUUUCUUGGCCAUGAACCUUGUUCUAGACCUCAAAACCAACACGAUGAGAGGGAGACUUGCCGGCCGAUGUGUGCGGACAGAUUUGAGCACGGAGUGGAGACGUGCUGUUCGGUAACGGAUCAGAUCAAGUACCACCUUCGGCCACUUCAAGGAUCACCGGGUUGCCGGCCGGUCUCCGAAAUUGUGGAUCUUUCCACUCACUACAAUGUUGUCCCAGAAUCUGAACUUCGCACAUCAGCCAAAUCAAAGUAGUGCAUGCAGUUUUGAACCGCUUUUUGAAGACGAUUCACCGCUCACUGGAAGAACGCCUGCGUUUCUACAAUCCGGCACACGAGACUAAGAAGUAUAUGUGUGUGCAGGAGAGCGGACUUCUGACAACUAUUGUUAAAGGAACGAUCAAGUGGUAGUGACAUGGGCCUAGCCUCUUCUGCAUACAGCAAGAAUUGGUCUGGCAGCUACGAUGGCUCGCAACGACGAACUCUCUGCCGACAUCGCUGACUAGACACUAGAUUUGGUUCGAAUUUGGCGAGACAAGGACAUCUCAUCGACGAAGUACAUGAGUCAAGAUACACUCGAUCGUGUCUGAUCGGUAACCAAAAGCUCGUUUUGAUUUUGCAAAAUCCUUCACAUGCUGUCAAACCUGCUCAAGGGCAGUGGGAUCGACAAACAACAAAGAUUGGUGAUGUGAACGUCAGACCUCAAAAUGGAACUCCACGGACCUAUAACAGGCAGUCUUAACACACUUGCACACCGUGGUACACUCACUCGCUUCUUGGCUGCAGAACGUGCAGAACGGAACCUUCUCGGGCUAGGCCAACAAUUUGAGAGGGAAGCCAAAAACCGCGCGGCGCAAAACCUUUCAUGACAGUUUCGUACUGUGGGCGACGGCCUAGACCACCAAGACGGAAGAAAGUCCGCGACGUUUUGAAAGCACCAAGAAAGCGAUUUUUUCUUUUGUUUCCACUCCGUUCAUAAAAAUCCGUUCAAGUUCCAUGCUUGUCUAGUGUAGGGGCCUCAGGCACAACCCUGACCCAUAAUCCUAUUUUGCUCGUCUCCUCGGCCAACGCAACCUAGCAUCAUGGCGCAGCUAUCAACAAAUCAUCCUCGCGAAUACUCAGGCUCCAGCAAGCAUUAGGGCAUUGGGACGCCAACUAUCAUCGGGUCGACUCCCACCUUGCCAUCUCGUGCCGACGAAGUACCCCAUUGUUCCAGCGGUAUCCUUCGAGGAAUGUGACGAAUCGUUUUCCCAGUACUCCGUACCUGAAUCGCAAAUGGCAAGGAUGCAGGCUUCUUCAGAAUUAACUGGAGUUAAUCAUUGGUGACGCGACAGCCCUACCCUGAUCCCCAUUGAGAUGGAUGUUACGGAGUAUAUCGGUCUAUGGGUUACUGUACAUAAACAGGGCCAAGAGCGUGGCAGACUCGGGGCAAUUGAUCGCCAGGCACAGCAAAAAGUGUCAGAAAAUUCUUGGUUUGCUUUGUUGUCGUCGCGACGUGGCAACAUAUGUAUACCGGGGUUUUCUUAUUCAUCAAAACCGGACCAUCGUCAAGAACUGAAUCAUGAUCUUUUGAAGGUCUCGACUCUGCGACUAGGCCCAGGAGAACCAAAAGAUAGUGAACGAGGGAACAGAUCAUGGCGCUCGCGUGCUUUUCUCUCUUAUAUUUUCCAACACUUCCUGGCAUCCUUCAACGGUGUAUUGGCUAGGAAUGUCGAGUCGUUAGUGUCCACACCGCGAAAAGUUUGUUCGCUUUUGCAGACUCAGAAAAGCCGCAGUGGCCACGGUUAUUAAUUCAGUCUCCACGUGUCGGUAAUGGACACGUAAGUUUGAGGGAAAGCCACAUUGGCGUCAGUGGCCCAGCCAGCCGUACCAGGAUCUCAGAAUUUUCAUCGAAGUCUCAAGUCAUUGAUGAUGCCAACAAGCGAAGCUAAGUGCUUGCAUGGGACCAGACUAUUCCCGGCAGAGUGCCAGCAGAGUCCAUAAUUUCAACUGUAAGAAAAUUGUGUUCUGGUCCUGCAGGCUGUGCUGACGUGCACACCGGUCAGCUUGCAAAGUUGCAAUGAGCCGCCCUGCCCAACCGUUGGACCCCUGUACGGUAUGUUUGCUCCCGUUAUCCGACAACCUGAAAGAGAAAGGUUCCUCACACCCUCUUUGCGUAGAGCAGAUUUCGAAACAAUCCUUCCCAGUCCAACCACAUGGACGCCUGUCAGGUACCAGGCACCGGUGGGAAACAGCGAGCCAAUGGGAGAUCAGAAGCUGCUAGUCGAAUCAAGCCAAGCUGCAGCUAGAAGAAAAAAUAGAGCGAUAUUAUGGGACCUGGCCCCUCCCUUGCAGGCUUAGAGGGCACAGUACUGUACAGUACCGGUAGUGUAGCCGCGGAACUGGGUGGGAGCGGCUACAUACGCUGAGUCGCUGACAGACGCCUCUUGUCUCUUGUCUGCCGGCCUCUUGGCCUAAACUGGUAGAGACAGCAUUGUCUUAGCCCCAUGUGAAAGAGGGCCCAGAAGCUUGUCCUUCGAACCGGAUCUCCUCUAGAUGGCUGGGGCCCCUCUAGCUGUACAGUACAGUACUGUAUGUGUCUAUUUUUUUUUUUGGGUGCUUCCUUUGUUGUCGCGCGCUUACUGUGCAGUGAAACACUACACCCAAGUCACAAAAUAACAAUUGAGAUGAAGUCCCAAUUGACGCAAAUUGUUUCAUUUGGAGAUAACGAAUGAGCGACCAGGAGCGGUUGUUUUCUCAAGCCAAAGACAAGAUGAAAAAAGCCACAAAGGAAAGCGUUGAAACAACGGCCUGGCCUCCCUUUGUUCUGAAAGCUUAAACAUAGAAACGGCCCGCACUCAACAAGCGUCCCCCGGACCACUCAGGAGCAGCCGAAUGAGCCCACACCCACACCACCAAAGGGACACGCAAUUGACCGUAUGAUACUCCGUACAUACAAUGUAUGUGCUGGGGCAGAUGAAAGGUGCCCGCAAUGGAAUCACUGCAGAAGUGCUGGUAGGAGAGACUUUGUUGGUAUCACAGGGCCUGACCUACCGAUGCAUAGGCAAGUUGGGUUGCUCUGGGUAGAGCACAGUGUACGGAUAGUUCAUUUCAGCUUUGUGUUGUGAACUGUUGGCCGAUAAAGUGGUCCCGUUCACAUCGAAGUCACAUCCACACUUAUAGCUUACCCCCACAACACCAUCGGGAAGGCUUUUGCAAAGCCCGUCGGGACAAGUCAAACUCAAGACAAGACAAGACAUCCUAGCCUCACCCUCCUUGUGUGUUGACUCCACUGAGGCGCUUGAGCGUUUUCCUUGACAAAUCUGACUUCGGCAACCCUAGCAUCCUCCGUAUAGUACGGCCAGGUCUUUGGGUUCUGUCGUGUCCAGAUAUUGUUUAUAAAACGGGCCCUCCUCUCUCCUUUCUCCAGAUGUUUGUUCUGAUCAACACACACAGUCCUUCCGUUUCAGAUUACACUCUUGUCUUCGGACGAUCAUUCCUUUGACUCAAAGCUUCUCAUUCCUUUUGGAAGCACAGUCUAUCACGAUCCCUGAUCAACUUUGAACGAGCUAGUUCUCGACCACCAACUUACUCCAUCACUUAGGAGUAUCACAAGUUCUGAUUCAGUCCUUUAUCAGACGCUGCAUCUAUCAACACUCUUGUCUUGACGACAAUCGAGAAUUCUCCCUACAAACCCAUCCCCCUUACAAUACCCAAAUCAUACCGCCAACAUGAAGUUCGCUACUGCUCUCGUCGGCCUCGUCGCCUCUGCUACCUAUGCUGCCGCCGCCUCGGUCACCUUUGUCACUCUUGACGACAAGGAGCGGACCAUCAUCUUCACCCCUGACCCUGGUUACGAAGGCCCCGAAUCUGUCACUGUUAGCUCGGCCAAGGAGGUUACUGUUGACUUCCCUGACAAGUACAUUGGCAACUUCUAUGCUAUCCAGAAGGGCGAGGCUGAUCAACCCGGCAUGCUUGGUGAGGUCACCUUCGGUGGCUGGAACGGCAAGACUUAUUUCGAUGUCUCUGCUAUCGUGGACCCCAACGACAAGCACAACGUCAAGCAGAUGUGGCCCAAGUCUGCUGCCACCCCCAUGUCUGGCUGCGAGACCUUCCCUUGUGACAACUGCUACUGGCUCCCUGAUGAUGUCCAGACCAAGGUCACUGACGAGGUUGACCUCAUCACCACUCUUGGAGACGGCGCCAGCCCCUACCAGGCCCAGUCUAACUAAACUGUCCAUGUCGCCAACUCACCGGACGGCCCUUGACUUCACUUCUUCACCACCCCUCUUUUACACUUUCACGCUGCGGCGUUGAACACCGCGUUGACGAUGAUAUGAAUCCCUUUCUACAUUACACUACACGAUUUUCGUUUUACAUACCUCGAAAGAUACCCCUCGUGUGUUGCAAAAACCGAGGCCUUUCUUCAUAGACCUUUGGGCUGGAGCAGGUGGCGCUUAUGGAUGGAUGUAUGGAUUACACAGGCAAGACAGGACAGGGUCAAAACAGUACUUGAGUCACACCCUUUUGAGAUUCUUGAAUACGGAGCAGCGUCAUUCUUUCCGUGCUCGCGUAGCAUCACAGGCUUGAUGUCUCUUGUAUCAGCAAGAGAAUUGAGGCUGGCACUCGUUCUUCAUUCUAUGAACAUCAUCUUACACUCGUUGCGAUCUGGACCAUGUCUGGAGAGACUUUUACAUAUACUUCUUUGUACAUACUUGACUCGGGGCACAAAAGCUCCUUUACAAAAAGAUGAGGUUCCCCCUUUGGGACAACAAACUUUUAGACUUUAGACCUGGACAUAUAGACAUGAAAACAUAGAGUUUUGACCUGUGCAUCCAAUAUUGUUUGAUCCCGC